GUGACUUUAUCUUCUGGCUUUGUGGCCGAUAGGAGCACAAAGUACCAUAAUGGAGAUGGGAGACCUUUCCAAGCUCAAAAACAAGGGGCUUAAAAAUUAACACUAUGAUGGAAAUAAGCUGGAGCACCAUAAAAUUCUCUACUGAUCUCUCCCUCCAUUUGCAGACAGAUUUGAUGUUGUCUUAAAAGCCUUUUUCUGGAACUUCACGACAGCGGCAAACCAAAAUGACCCACCAUUCCCCGGUCGAUCCUGAUGUGAAGGAACAGUCUUCCUCCAAAAUAAUGUUUAAAAAGAAGGGAGGAUGGAAGGCAGGUCCCGAGGGCACGUCUCAGGAGAUUCCCAAGUAUAUAACUGCUUCUACUUUUGCUCAAGCCCGAGCUGCUGAAAUCAGUGCUAUGUUGAAAGCAGUGACCCAGAAGUCUUCUAAUUCGCUGGUUUUCCAGACCCUGCCCCGGCACAUGAGACGGAGAGCCAUGAGCCACAAUGUCAAACGCCUUCCCAGGCGGUUGCAGGAGAUUGCCCAAAAAGAGGCUGAGAAAGCAGUACAUCAGAAAAAAGAACAUUCAAAGAAUAAAUGCCAUAAAGCUCGAAGAUGUCACAAAAAACGGGUGCUAGAAUUUAACCGUAGACAAAAGAAGAACAUAUGGUUAGAAACUCACAUCUGGCACGCCAAGCGGUUUCACAUGGUCAAGAAGUGGGGCUACUGUCUCGGGGAGAGGCCGACGGUGAAGAGCCACAGAGCCUGCUACCGAGCCAUGACAAACUGUUGCCUCCUUCAGGAUUUAUCCUACUACUGUUGUUUGGAGUUGAAGGGCAAAGAGGAAGAAAUACUGAAGGCACUUUCUCCGAUGUGUAGCGUAGAUGCAGGACUGACUUUCGCGGCAGUUCACUGCCUGUCUGGGAAGCGCCAAGGUAGCGUCCUGCUUUAUCGGGCAAACAAAUACCCUCGAGAGAUGUUGGGGCCUGUCACAUUUAUUUGGAAGUGUGAGAGGACCCCCGGUCACACUUCUGAGAGCAGGCAGUUGUGGAUCUGGCUUCAUCCAACGCUUAAACAGGAUAUUUUAGAGGAACUCAAAGCAGCAUGCCAGUGUGUGGAACCCAUCAAAUCAGCCGUCUGCAUCCCCAGCCUCCUGCCGACAACAUCCGAAGAAAAAAGCCAAACUGUACUGCCUGAUGAAAAAAUUGGCAAGAAAAGAAAACGGAAAGAUGAUGGAGAAAAUGCUAAACCCGUUAAAAAAGUCAUUGGUGAUGGAACUAGAGAUCCAUGUCAACCAUCUUCUUGGAUCUCUCCAGCCACAGGCAUUAUAAUCAGUGACUUGACGAUGGAGAUGAACAGGCUCCGGUUGAUCGGUCCACUUUCCCACUCCAUCCUGACUGAGGCACUAAAAGCUGCUUCUGUCCAGACCGUAAGAGAAGGAGAGGACACAGAGAAGGCGCCUCACCACUGGUGGACUGAAACCUGUAAGAAUCCUGAUAGCGUUUCCCUUCAUCACAGACAAGAAGCCAUUUUUGAGUUGUUGGGAGGAAUAACAUCACCAGCAGAAAUUCCGGCCGGUACUAUUUUGGGACUGACAGUUGGGGAUCCUCGAAUAAAUUUGCCUCAAAAGAGGUCCAAAGUUUUGCCCAAUCCAGAAAAAUGCCAAGAUGAGAAAGUUAGACAGCUGCUUCUGGAGGGUGUACCUGUGGACUGUGCGCAUAGCUUUGUUUGGAACCAAGCUAUCUGUAAGAAUGUCACAGAGAAUAAAAUCUCGGAUCAGGAUUUAAACCGGAAGAGAAGUGAAUUGCUGGUGCCCGGGUCACAGCUUGUUCUAGGUCCCCAGGAAUCCAGGAUACCUAUCCUUCUGAUUCAGCAGCCAGGAAAGGUGACGGGUGAUGAGCGACGAGGCUGGGGAAGCGGCUGGGACGUCCUGCUCCCGAAGGGCUGGGGCAUGGCUUUCUGGAUUCCAUUUAUCUAUCGAGGCGCAAGAGUUGGUGGGUUAAAAGAAUCUGUGGUGCAUUCACAGUAUAAAAGGUCACCUGACAUUCCCAGUGAUUUCCCAGACUGCCCAGCUGGGGUUGUGUUUGCUGAAGAGCAAGCCAAGAAUCUCCUUGAAAAGUACAAAAGGCGCCCUCCUGCAAAACGGCCCAACUAUGUGAAGCUUGGCACCCUGGCACCUUUCCGCUAUCCCUGGGAGCAGUUAAGUCAGGAGUGGGAGUUAAGAGUCAGGGCCCAAGAGAAAUCCUCUGGAGCCUCCUCUCCAAGUGGCGAGGAGAGUGACUUGAGGAGAGACAAGUUGUCUUGCGCUCCCACACCUGAAAACACGGAUCCGCGGUCUGAUGAAGGGGGCUCAUCUCAGAGCAGUUCCAGCAAGCCCCGAGCAGGGGUGGCCACAGAGUGCCCGGCCCGGCUGGGGACUGAGUGGGUAGCGGGCCAGGAUGCCACCGGCAGUCUCCCCUGCGUUCUGCGGAGUAGGAAAUGGCUGAAGCAGCUGUCGACCUGGUGUGGGCCCAGCUCCAGGGACAGGUGGGCAGCCCGGCGGGCUCCUGGCAGCGGGCAGCCAGCACCAACCAGAGCGGCCUGCCUGUCCCUCCUGGACCACUUCCCCAGGGCCCUGGUGUGGGUCAGCCUGGCCCUGCUGAGGAAGGGCAGCCCCGAGCCGCACUCCAUGAUCUGUGUCCCAGCCGAGGAGGACAUCCUCCAGCUCCGUCGGGAUCGUCUAUACUGUGGGCCCCAGGAACCCAAGCACAGCGACCCCUUCAAGAGCGAGAUCCGGAAACAGAAAGAGAAGAAGAAAGUACAGAAGAGGCAGAACCAGGCGCGUGCUGAGCCUGAGGGUCUGGCUGGGGCGCACCCUGCAACCGGGCACCCAGCUCUGACCCUGGGCUUGUGGUCAGGCCCCCUCCCGGUGCUGACUUCUCACUGCUCCCGAGUUCUCCUCGGCUUUGUCACGCAGGGAGACUUUUCCAUGGCCGUCGGCGGCGGAGAAGGCCUGGGGUUUGUUAGCUUGACGGGCUUGCUGGAUAUGCUGUCCGGCCAGGCGGCAGCGGAGAGGGGCCUCGUGUUGCUGAGGGCACCCGCCUCCCCGCAGUAUCGGUUUGCGAGAGUGGCCGUGGAGGUGUGAGCGCUCGUGCACGUCCUGGCAACGGAGACCUACUAACUGUUUACCAAGUCCCCCCAUUGGAGAGUUGUGUUGUUGCCAUCUUCUGCUUUGAAAUAGCACAUGAAGUUCCUUGGAAACGAGAAUGAAGAUGAUGUAUGACGCAAAUGAUGGAAUACUGACACCAUUCCCGCAAUCCAUGGUAAUCUCAUGGAUUUCCUCCAUCUUUCCUCGUCCUUGCUGUAACACUUGAAAGUGAUUUGGCAUGGAUAGCCAAAAGCUUUUAUAUUUUGAUUUCUCGGUCUGUGUCAUUCUUGCUGAAAAUAGAUUCUGUAUGUUUUCUUGUUCCUUUUUUAUCAGGAACAAAGGGCUGUCAAGUGUAUUUGAAAAGCCUUGUAGACACGGGAUAAGCAACAAUGGUUGUUUAAUGGCUUGAUUGUUACAGGAAAGGGAAAGGCUCCCUUGGUCUCUGUGCAUGACAUAGGGUUCCCCCAUCUGGACCAUGUUCGAGUCCGUCCCCGAAUCAGCAUGCCUAACACUUGACACCAUGUGGAAGGAAACCAUGGAAAAUUGAUUGCUGCCUAUUUUCAGGCAGGCUCGGUGUAGGGCAGAGGUGUUGGGGCGGAAUCAGAAUGGGGCUCUGAUCUUUAGGACCCAUUGUCCUCUUUGCUGUUGACCAACAAGCACAUGAUCCUAGGAGUUACUUGGUUUUUCUGUGCUUUUGUUUCUGCAAAAAAUUUUUCCAAGCCAUAGAGGAUGGUUUCUCAAAAUAUGUUCUAUGAAAUGUGUUAUCUAAAAAAAAAAAAAGAAAGAAAAGAUUCUAACAUCAGAUUGAUUUGGGAAACUGGGUUAAACAAAGCUAAGCAUUUCUUUUUAAGGGAUUUCUAGAACCUUCCAUGUGAUAACAUGCAUUGUGCCUCUCCAGGAAGUGGAUAACAGCCUACAGUAUUUUCUAAAUCUUUCGAUUCCCGAACUCCUUUUGCAGGGAGAACUUUGUAGGACCAGUGUUUUCAGGGACACACUUUGGGGAACGUGGCUGUUCAGUGCAGUCUUUACCUCUGCAAGGCGAUGAUUAAAACGACAAGCCUCUUUCGGACACUCAUGCAGUCACGAUGUCCACCUGGCAUUUGAGCGGGUUCUCAUCCUGUCCCACACAGGAGUGCAGUCAUUGCUUUUUUCGCUUGCGGAGAAAUUAGGUGCUCAUUCACUUUUAGUUAACGCUGCGCGUCUCACACCCUCAGACCCUUGCCUUCCUACCACACAUUUCUAGCAGAGCCUGAAUGGGGUUUGUUUUUUUUUAUUUAAAUGUACAGUUAGGCGUUAUUUCGUGUAAAUGUAUUGGGCUUUUGCAGUCGCACUUGGUAGAAAUGUCUCCGGGGCAGACGGGGUGCGGAGAGAGAGAGCACGGAUUACAGGAGCUAAUGAAAUGUCUGAUGUGUUUCCUCUCACCGUGCCUCUGGGUGUAUUUGUGUCCAACCCAAAUGAGACAGGAAAAAAAAAAAAAAAAAAACCAGUCUAACUUAGCGGUGUCUGUAAACAGAAUAAAAUGUCACCUGAUGUUCAGUUGUGAAUGUUUAU